AUGUCCAAGGUAAGUCUUGCACUGGCCGGAGCACAUAGGUGCUCCCCACCACCACCGGGCAGGCUCCGGCAACGGGCAUUUCGAAGCACUCGGGGUUGACCGUCGCCACCCGUGCUAUCUUUAUCCCGCCUGACACAGACCAUCACUAAGUCCGAGCUCGAGAAGCACAACUCCGAUCCAGCCGGCUACUGGCUCUUGAUCGAAAGUAAAGUCUACGAUGUGCAAGUGCUGCAAAACCCCUGGCGAUCUUGUCGAGGGCGAAGCUGAGCCAACCGCGAGUUGUCCUUUGGCUCCUGUCGUGACGUGUCAACAGUUCAAAGUUCUUGGAUGAUCACCCCGGUGGAGCCAAGAUUUUGAAGAAUUGGUCCGGUGAGUUGCAGUUUCAAGUCGGGGUGAUGUCUGCAUGGGCCCUACUCCACUCGGAUUCGACACGACGAUGAGGGGGGGCGCCGUCGCCGGGCCCAAUGCCAGCCACGGCCACGCGCCAAAGGUUGCCGCCGGCCUCGGGCGGCGCGAGCUCGGCGAAAUCGAAGCGUCACCCAAAUACACGCCGAGCACAAACCUCGUACAAGAGCGGAACUCUGACCCCUCACCCGCCAUCCCACGUUUGAAAUAAUAGGCAAGGACGCGACUGACAAGUUCUGGGCGUUCCACAACCAAUCUGUGCUCGACAAGGUCGCGAAGAAGUUCCUGAUCGGCGCGAUCGAAGGCGCCGAACCGGCCGAAUCUGCCCAAGCCUCGUCCUCAUUGGACGACGAGGAUUGCGCCGCCUUCAUCACCAAGGCCGACGAUGAGGACACGACUUACUUUGGUGAUCUCGUUCCGUGAGUGAAUUCGUACCGAUUCGCAAGGGGAAAGGGUAUCUCAGUGGCUGACUUUGCACCUUGGCGCUCGGGUCCUUCACAGUUUCGGCGACCCAAUGUGGUACCAGGAUUGGAGCUCGUGAGUGGGGACUCCCAUGUCACGGUAUAGAUUAUGAGGCACUGUGACUGACCAUGAAUGCUUUCGCCUUGCAGUCCGUACUUCACCGACUCGCAUCGGAAGGUCCGAACUGCGAUCCGCAAUUACACCGACAAGUACUUGACGCCGAACGCCUUUGAAUGGGACGAGAACAAGGAGAUCCCGCUUUCGGCCUUCAAGCAUGUCGCACGAUCAGGUGCGACCUCAGUUAUCCUUGUUAGCCAACCCCCGCGGUUUAUUGACUGGUCAGGUCUCGAGUGAUUCCACAGGUAUCCUCGCUGCCAUCGCCUCGGGCGGAGAUGGGUGGCCCACAGACUACGCCGGCAACUUGCCGAUCCCUGGUGGUCUCGACCUGAGUAAGGAGAAGUGGGACGCAUUCCACAACUACGUCACCGUCGAUGAGCUGUGCCGCUGCGGCUCCGGUGGUAUCUUGUAUGGCCUCAUCGGUGGCUUCGGUAUCGGUCUCCCCCCCGUCAAGCAUUUUGGUUCGGACGAGCUCAAGGAGCGGGUCAUUCCUGGCUGCCUGACCGGCGAGAAGCGAAUCUGCUUGGCCAUCACCGAGCCGGAGGGGGGAUCCGAUGUUGCAAACCUCGUCACAACGGCCAAGAAGACGGCCGACGGCAAGCACUACAUUGUCAACGGCUCCAAGAAGUGGAUCACCGGUGGUAUCUAUGCCGACUACUUUGUGACGUGAGUUCUUCCACGCACGGUGUGGCACAACGAGCGUCGUGGAUCCGCAUGCUGAUCGACGUGCUCAACUCUUCUCCAACAGAGCCGUCCGCACGGGUGGCCCGGGCAUGGGUGGCAUCUCGCUACUCGUUAUCGAACGAACCGAGGGCGUCAAGACGACCAAGAUGAAUUGUCAGGGUGUCUGGAGCUCGGGUACGACCUAUGUCACCUUUGAGGACGUCAAGGUCCCCGUCGAAAACCUGCUCGGUCAGGAGAAUAAGGGUUUCAUCCUCAUUAUGUCCAAGUAGGUCCGGCUGAAUCAAGAUGAAUUGAGAGGUUGGAACGCUAACACGUACACGCGCUUUGCUUCAGCUUCAACCCUGAGCGAAUCGGUAUUGCCAUUCAGUGCACGCGUUUCGCACGUGUGUGCCUCGAGGAGUCGAUCAAGUACGCCUCGAAGCGCAAGACAUUUGGUGUCCUGCUGCGCGACCACCCCGUGAUUCGAGCCAAGCUGGCCAACAUGGCCUCGAGGAUUGAAUCGACGCAGGCGUGGAUGGAAGCGCUCAUCUACCAGUCGACGCAGUACGACGCCGACACGCUGACGAUGCGAGGGGGAGGACCGAUCGCGUUGCUCAAGGCGCAUUCGGCCGACGUGUUCGCCUACUGCGCGCAAGAGGCGACGCAGAUAUUUGGAGGGCUCGCGUACACGCGGGGUGGGCAAGGCGAGAAGAUCGAGCGCUUGUACCGUGAGGUUCGUGCAUACACGAUUCCGGGUGGAUCGACCGAGGUGAGUUUUUGCGAGCGAUCGUGUGCUGCGCGACGCAGAUGCUGACUGGAACAAUUUUCCCUGACGUGCAGAUCAUGCAAGACCUCGGUAUCCGACAAUCGAUCAAGAUUGCUCAAAUCAUGGGCGCCAAGUUGUAAGGCCCCGCGCCGUGCACGGUUGAGCAGUAAGGCCGAUCACGUGAUCCUGCCGACCCGUGGAACGCCACGCCUUGCAUCUUAUUGCGAGAUAGCCUCUUUGUUUUAUGCGCCUUAGUUGUAUUGCCCUUUUUGUCAUGAAUCAACGUUUUAAUCCUAGUGGUCGUUCCUCUAUCAGCUCUCGCUGAGACCCGAAUGCGGGGCGCACGGACCGGUCUUUCGUUCGGCGAUAUGGGGCCCAAGAGGACGCGCGCUUGACUCCGCUUCGAGUCGCGUUGACAUUAUCGCGUCCACGCACCGAGUGCUGCACCUGAGAUCGAAUCCUUGCAGCUCGUGAGCUCUUGACGCGUUUCUCCCAGGUAUCUUGGCAAGAUGGGUAUCCAGGUGAGUCCGUCCUCGAUGCGCUACACGGCUCAUGUCACUGUCAAGCUGCUGAUGGCGUGUUUGCGCAUGUGGUGCUUGGCAUUACCUCGCCGUGCUCGGCUCGUCGUCGGCGUUCGUGCAGGGCUUGCUGGGCAUGCUCAAGGAGAUCCAGACGCCGACCCAUGUCAGCGAGUACAAGGACAAGACCUUGGCCGUGGAUGCCUAUGUAAGCACUGGAGCUGGCUGCGGGUGACGGUCGCGUCGCGCGGGGAGUAGGUGGGAUGCUCGGGCAACUGAUGACGGCGUCGAGCUUGUUUGUCCGUUCCGGUUCGGUUCGGUUCGGUUCGGUUCGGUUCGCAGGUGUGGCUCCAUCGCGGCGCGUACGGGUGCGCUCAAGAGCUCGCGACCGGCGUCACCACACUCAAGUGAGCAUCAAGUACCUCUGCUGGGGAUGUGAAGGCGACUGUCUCAGCUCAUUCUGAUCGCCCUCUUUCCGCAGAUACGUCAACUACGCGAUGCACCGUGUGCGCAUGCUCAAGCAUUACGGCGUCACGCCCCUGAUCGUCUUUGACGGCGGCUACCUCCCGAGCAAGAUGGGCACAGAGGAAGAGCGAGAGAGGUGGGUCAACGAUGAAUAUGGAGCCUUACGGCAUUCAAUAACACUCAUGAACGUGGUUGCCACCCUCGCAGUCGUCGAAACGAAGCUCUCGCCAAGGCCAACGCGUGUCUUGCCGAGGGCAAGCUCGCCCAAGCUCGAGAAGCGUUCGUCAAGGCCGUCGACGUCACACCGGCCAUGGCCUAUCAACUCAUCAAGGUCAGUCCCAGCAUUUCGCUGCUUGAUGUGGGCUCAUUCAGCCGGUGCACUUGCUGAGUCUUGCUUCCUUCCGUCGCGAUCUCGAUCCGGGCAUCUGCUCACGUGACCUCUGGGUAGGCUCUCCGACGCGAAGGAGUCGAGGUUGGUUUUGGCGUCGUCCUCACGUAGCAAGUCAGACUGGAGAGAUUGACACGUGCAUAUUGCUUAACCAACAGUACAUUGUCGCACCUUACGAAGCGGAUCCCCAACUCGCCUACCUCGAACGUGAAGGCAUCGUCGACGGCAUCAUCACCGAGGACUCGGAUCUGCUCAUCUUUGGCUGCCGCACGGUCCUGUUCAAGCUCGACGGCGACGGACACUGCGUCGCGAUCGAGCGCGCCCGCUUCUCGCAGUGCCGAGAGUACAAUUUUGCCGGGUGGGGCGACGACGACUUCCGCCACAUGGCCAUUCUCAGCGGGUGCGACUACCUUCACAGCGUCGUUGGACUCGGGCUAAAGACGGCGUACAGGCUGCUGAAAAGGUACAAGACUCCCGAAAAGGUCCGUCUUCCGCCGCGGUCAUUUGUUGGAGGUGUCGAUACUGACCUCUGAGUGUGACGACGCAGGUCAUUCAAUUCGUGCGACUCGAGGGCAACCUCACCGUCCCUCGCGACUACCUCGAACAGUUCAAGCGUGCCGAAAUGACCUUCCUGCACCAACGAGUCUUCUGCCCGAUAGCUCGCGCGCUCGUCCAUUUCACCCCUCUUCCUCCGGGCAUUACCGACGCCGCGACCGAAAUGCCCUUUGUCGGAGCUCCCUUGGACGAAGAUGUGGCGCAGCGAUUGGCCGAAGGGGAGAUCGACCCCAUCACCAAGGAACCGAUCGUCGACCUCAAUCCGAGCCAAGUCCCCGCCGACUUUGACCCCGAUAUGCUGCAGGGUGGAAGCAAGGGCAAGACGGAGUUCUCAUACCAGCGCAAGGCGGCGGCUCCGGUCUCAGUUGCGAGAGGCAAGAGCUCGAUUCUCAACUUUUUCAAGAAGGAAGUUGUCCCCUCGACGUCCAAGACGGACGGUGCAAAGCCCAAGCUCGGGAACAGGUCAGUGACUGCGACGGUAGAAACGGCCGUGACCGAGGAAAAGACGCUCGGCGGUAAAGUCAGUCGGUUCUUUGGUGGAGGUAGCAAGAAGGGCAAGGAGAAGGCGGUCGAGAUCGAUGAGGAUGAAGAAGUCAUGAUCAUUGACGAGGCGCAGGAGGCGGAGUUUGAGAAGGUAGCAAGAGGCGACGGUUCCGACGACGAUGACAAGGAAGGCAUGGCGGCGAUGCGCGAAUGCGAGAUGGAGUCCGGUGCGCAGACGGAGUCGCUCCCGGCACCACGCCAAGACGAGCCACUGCCUCUACCUCCUUCGACCCCUGAUUGCAUGUCCAGUCCCGCCCCGACGCCAGCGCAGGCCCAGGACAAAGCGCGCGAUAUCUCUUCGCCACCAAGGGAUGUCGGCGUGAGCAGCCCUCCCAUCGACGAGAAGGAAGAGAUCGAAACCCCUCAUCAAGAUGAUGAGAACGACGACGACCUACUCCCGCCCCUCCCUGCCCUUUCUGAUGACGACACGAUGCAUGAAGACGACGACGACGAUGCGGACUUUAUGUCCAGUCCCGUCACCUCGCCGGUUCACACCAAGGUCAUCUCGAGGCCACCCUCUCGCUUCGCACCGAAGGUCGAGACAGUACCGAGCAAGAAGAUGGUGAAUUCGAUUGACAAGACGUUUGAUCUCUCUUCGGAUCCGAUCGGUCCGUCGUCCGAGCUCGACGAGGAAGCGACGCCUCGCCCGCGCGCGAACACAGGGUUCAAGAUUUACGAGGACGUCAAACCGACCCUCGUCGGGCCUUUGAACAAGAAGAAACGACCAUCCCAAGAGCGCGUCGACGAAGAGAUCGAGAACGAGCAAACGACCGUUGCGGCGGUGAUUGGGUCCAUGUGGAGGUCCAAGUACAUGUUGCCCGUGGGCAACAACAAGGCGAUGAAGAUGUCGACGCCGAUUGCUGCGCUUUCGGGACCCAAGCCGAUCUCGCGUACGUUCACAAGUGUCAACAAGAAGGUAUCGUCGUCAUCCAAGGGUGCCACGUCCUCGACGACCGUCAAGCAGACCUCUUCGAUGUCCAGAUCGACGCCCACACCGGCGCGUGUCCCGCUUUCGCCGCGCAAGAUGAACCGAGUCCCUGCUCCGUUUUCCUUGUCGUCCUCACCUGCUCUGCCCAAGGCUCUGUCAUCCGGAAGCUCGACUCUGACGACCUCAGUAUCGGCGUCGACGUUCCAAUUUGAGCACAAGUCGUCGUCGCCGGUGAUGAUCACGAACCCGUCGCUCCUCAAGUGGAGAUUUCAAGGCGCGGUGAGAGGAAAUCGUCCCUCGGGCCAGCAUCCGAUCGAGCAACAAGAGGAUGCAUGA